CAAUUGUGUCACUGUUAUCUUUCCUUCUGUGCGGUAAGUUGAAGGGAGCUGUGAUUCCUAUUAGAAACUAACUUCAAAGUUGUAGUCAAUGGACAUAGUAUCAUAGACUUUACGACAGAAAGGAGGAAUCGCAUUGCCUGAGCUUUGAACCAUCUGUCUCUGAAGAAGAGUACUGCGAAAAUCGGUGAAAGAUGGGGGAUGCCCAGAUGGCAGAGUUUGGACCUGCUGCUCCAUUUCUCAGGAAGUCGGACAUAGAGCGUCUGGAGGCCCAAACUCGCCCCUUUGACAUGAAGAAAGAAUGUUUCGUUCCUGAUACUGCAGAGGAGUAUCUUAAAGCAUCUAUUAUUAGACGAGAUGGUGAUAAAGUCACCUGUGAGAAUUCAAAGGGAACGACAGUAACUGUGAAAGAAGAUGAUGUUCAUCCUCAGAACCCGCCAAAGUUUGAUAAAAUUGAGGACAUGGCGAUGUUCACCUUCCUGCACGAGCCCGCUGUGCUGUUUAACCUCAAAGAGCGUUACGCAGCCUGGAUGAUCUACACCUACUCUGGGCUCUUCUGUGUCACUGUGAACCCCUACAAGUGGCUGCCAGUGUACAACCAGGAAGUCGUCGUUGCCUACAGAGGAAAGAAACGAACUGAGGCUCCUCCACACAUAUUUUCCAUCUCAGACAACGCCUACCAGUACAUGCUGUCAGACAGGGAAAACCAGUCAAUUCUUAUCACUGGAGAAUCUGGUGCUGGAAAGACUGUGAACACCAAGAGAGUCAUUCAGUACUUUGCCAGCAUUGCUGCUAGUCCUUCAAAGAAGGAGACCAGUGAAAAAAAGGGUACUCUGGAGGAUCAAAUCAUCCAGUGUAAUCCUGCUCUAGAGGCCUUUGGUAAUGCCAAGACCAUCAGAAAUGACAACUCAUCUCGCUUUGGCAAGUUUAUCCGGAUCCACUUUGCUGCUAGUGGCAAGCUAGCAUCUGCUGAUAUUGAGACCUAUCUUUUAGAGAAAUCCCGUGUGACUUUCCAGCUCAAGGCUGAGAGAGACUACCACAUCUUCUACCAGAUCCUGUCUCAGAAGAAACCGGAACUAUUAGAGAUGCUGCUGAUCACAGCAAACCCUUAUGAUUACGCCUUCAUCUCUCAAGGAGAGACACAGGUGGCCUCUAUUGAUGAUGCUGACGAGCUGAUGGCUACAGAUGAAGCGUUUGAUGUGUUGGGCUUCACCCAAGAGGAGAAGAACGGCAUCUACAAGCUGAUUGGUGCCAUCAUGCACUACGGCAACAUGAAGUUCAAGCAGAAGCAACGCGAGGAACAGGCAGAGGCUGAUGGGACUGAGGAUGCUGAUAAAUCAGCUUAUCUGAUGGGCCUGAACUCUGCUGAUCUCAUCAAGGCUCUGUGCCACCCAAGAGUCAAAGUAGGGAAUGAGUGGGUCACCAAGGGACAGAAUGUCCAGCAGGUGUACUAUGCCAUUGGUGCUCUGUCAAAGUCAGUGUACGAGAAGAUGUUCCUCUGGAUGGUUGUGAGAAUCAACCAAUCCCUGGACACCAAACAGCCUCGCCAGUACUUCAUUGGUGUGCUGGACAUUGCUGGAUUUGAGAUCUUUGAUUUCAACACCUUUGAGCAGAUGUGCAUCAACUUCACUAAUGAGAAGUUGCAGCAGUUCUUCAACCAUCACAUGUUUGUGUUGGAGCAAGAGGAAUACAAGAAGGAGGGCAUUGAAUGGGUGUUCAUUGACUUUGGCAUGGACUUGCAGGCUUGUAUUGAUCUCAUUGAAAAGCCCAUGGGUAUCAUGUCCAUUCUUGAAGAGGAGUGCAUGUUCCCCAAAGCCAGUGAUGCAACAUUCAAAGCUAAGCUUUAUGAUAACCAUUUGGGCAAAAGUGCUAACUUCCAGAAGCCCAGGAUUGUCAAGGGUAAACCAGAGGCGCAUUUCUCCCUGGUUCACUACGCUGGCACUGUUGACUACAACAUCAAUAACUGGCUGGUGAAGAACAAGGAUCCUCUUAAUGAGACGGUUGUUGGCCUGUAUCAGAAAUCCACCAUGAAACUUCUUUCUAACCUAUUUGCUAAUUAUGCUAGUGCUGACUCAGCCGCGGAGGGAGGAGGUGGCAAAGCAAAGGAGAAGAAGAAAAAGGGCUCUUCUUUCCAGACAGUGUCUGCUCUUCACCGGGAGAACCUGAACAAGCUGAUGACCAACUUGAGGUCAACUCACCCUCACUUUGUGCGCUGCAUCAUCCCCAAUGAGACUAAGACUCCUGGGGCGAUGGAGAAUCCUCUGGUCAUGCACCAGCUGCGCUGUAACGGUGUGCUGGAGGGCAUCAGAAUCUGCAGAAAGGGCUUCCCCAACAGGAUCCUGUAUGGAGAUUUCAAGCAAAGAUAUCGUAUCCUGAACCCUGCUGCCAUUCCAGAGGGUCAGUUCAUUGACAGCAGGAAAGGAGCUGAGAAGUUAUUGGGCUCUUUGGACAUUGACCACAACCAGUACAAGUUUGGACAUACCAAGGUGUUCUUCAAGGCUGGUCUUCUGGGUACUCUUGAAGAGAUGCGAGAUGACCGUCUUGCUCUCAUCAUUACUGGUAUUCAAGCAAGAGCUCGUGGUCUUCUCUCAAGAAUUGAGUUCCAGAAGAUUGUUGAUCGCAGAGAUGCCUUGCUUGUGAUCCAGUGGAACAUACGUGCCUUCAUGGGUGUCAAGAAUUGGCCCUGGAUGAAGCUCUACUUCAAGAUCAAACCGCUGCUAAGAUCUGCUGAAGCAGAGAAAGAAAUGGCAAACAUGAAGGAAGAAUUCCUGAAGUUGAAGGAGGCUUACGCCAAAUCUGAAGCUCGCAGAAAGGAGCUUGAAGAAAAGAUGGUUUCUCUUCUCCAAGAGAAGAACGACCUGCAACUUCAAGUCCAAACUACACUAGAUGACCUCCAGAGUGAGGAAGACAAAGUCAACACUCUCACCAAAGCCAAAGCCAAGCUGGAGCAACAAGUGGAUGAUCUUGAGGGUUCCCUGGAACAGGAAAAGAAGCUUCGUAUGGAUCUGGAGAGGGCAAAGAGGAAGCUUGAGGGAGACUUAAAGUUGACCCAAGAGAGCGUGAUGGACCUGGAAAAUGACAAACAACAACUGGAAGAGAGGAUUAAAAAGAAAGAUUUUGAGAUCAGCCAGCUCAAUAGCAAGAUUGAAGAUGAACUGGCAAUGGCAGCCCAACUCCAGAAGAAACUGAAGGAGUUGCAGGCUCGUAUUGAAGAGCUUGAGGAAGAGCUGGAGGCUGAGAGAGCUGCUCGUGCCAAAGUUGAGAAACAGAGAGCUGAUCUGUCCAGAGAACUGGAGGAGAUCAGUGAGAGAUUGGAGGAGGCUGGUGGAGCCACUGCAGCCCAGAUUGAGAUGAACAAGAAACGUGAAGCUGAGUUCCAGAAGCUGCGCAGAGACCUUGAAGAGUCCACUCUGCAACAUGAGGCCACCGCUGCUACACUGAGGAAGAAACAUGCCGACAGUGUAGCUGAUCUGGGAGAGCAGAUUGACAACCUUCAGAGAGUGAAGCAGAAGCUGGAGAAAGAGAAGAGUGAACUCAGACUGGAACUGGACGACGUGGUCUCCAACAUGGAGCAGAUUGCCAAGGCCAAGGCAAACUUGGAGAAAAUGUGCAGGACCCUCGAGGACCAGAUGUCAGAAUAUAGAACAAAAUAUGAAGAAGGACAACGCAGCAUCAAUGACUUAACCAUGCAAAAAGCUAGGUUGCAAACAGAAAAUGGGGAGCUUUCUAGACAGCUGGAAGAGAAAGAUUCCUUGGUCUCUCAGCUAACAAGAGGCAAGCAGUCCUACACUCAGCAGAUUGAGGACCUCAAACGACAACUAGAGGAGGAAAUUAAGGCUAAGAAUGCCCUGGCUCAUGCAGUUCAGUCUGCUCGUCAUGAUGCUGAUCUGCUGAGGGAACAGUAUGAGGAGGAACAAGAAGCCAAAGCUGAGCUGCAGCGUAGUCUGUCUAAGGCAAACUCUGAGGUGGCUCAGUGGAGAACCAAGUAUGAAACGGAUGCCAUCCAGAGGACUGAGGAGCUGGAGGAUGCUAAUAUUCAUAUGGAUCAUUUGGAGACCAUGAAGAGAGAAAACAAGAACCUCCAAGAGGAGAUUGCUGAUCUCACUGAACAAAUUGGUGAGAGUGGAAAGAACAUUCAUGAACUAGAGAAAAUUCGUAAGCAGUUGGAGCAGGAAAAAGCUGAAAUUCAAACUGCUCUGGAGGAAGCUGAGGGCUCCCUGGAGCAUGAAGAAGGAAAGAUUCUUAGAGCUCAACUGGAGUUCAGCCAGAUCAAAGCUGACAUUGAACGUAAGCUGUCUGAGAAAGAUGAAGAGAUGGAACAGACCAAGAGGAACCAGCAGAGAAUGAUUGAUACCCUGCAGAGCUCACUGGAAUCAGAGACUCGCAGCAGGAAUGAAGCUCUCAGACUGAAGAAGAAGAUGGAGGGAGACCUCAAUGAGAUGGAGAUUCAGCUCAGCCAGGCUAACAGACAGGCUUCAGAAGCCCAGAAGCAACUCAAGGGUCUUCAUGGACAUCUCAAAGAUGUCCAAAUGCAGCUGGAUGACGCUCUGCGCAGUAAUGAUGAUUUCAAAGAGAACAUCGCCAUUGUGGAGAGACGCAACAAUCUGCUGCAGGCUGAACUGGAUGAGCUGAGAUCCCUGGUGGAACAGACUGAGAGAGGAAGGAAACUGGCUGAGCAGGAACUGCUGGACGUCAGUGAGAGAGUCCAGCUCCUGCAUUCUCAGAACACCAGUCUGCUGAAUCAGAAGAAGAAGCUGGAGGGAGAUAAUACUCAGCUUCAGACUGAGGUUGAGGAGGCAGUGCAGGAGUGCAGGAAUGCUGAGGAGAAAGCCAAGAAGGCUAUCACUGAUGCUGCCAUGAUGGCAGAGGAGCUGAAGAAGGAGCAGGACACCAGCGCUCAUCUGGAACGCAUGAAGAAGAACAUGGAGCAAACCAUCAAGGACCUGCAGCACCGUCUGGAUGAAGCUGAGCAGAUCGCCAUGAAGGGAGGCAAGAAGCAGGUCCAGAAACUGGAAGCCAGGGUGAGAGAGCUGGAAAAUGAGGUGGAGAUAGAACAGAGAAAGGCGAGCGAGUCUGUGAAAGGAGUUCGUAAAUAUGAGAGGCGCAUCAAGGAGCUCACCUACCAGACUGAGGAGGACCGUAAGAAUCUGGCACGUCUUCAGGACCUGGUGGACAAACUCCAGCUGAAGGUCAAGUCCUACAAGAGAGCUGCUGAGGAGGCGGAGGAGCAGGCCAAUUCCAAUCUGGGCAAGUUCCGUAAGCUUCAGCAUGAGCUGGAUGAAGCAGAGGAGAGGGCUGAUAUUGCUGAAUCUCAGGUCAACAAGCUGAGAGCCAAGAGCAGAGACACUAGCGCUAAGAAAGGACAUGAUGAGGAAUGAAGCUCUGCCAUCUCUCAAAAUCUGUUGUGUCUCUUUGAAUCCAUUAGUCUCUAGAUCAAUAGAAUAAAGCAAAUGUGCAGAUGAAACUUUUGCCACAUUGUGUUAUUUAA